AUGCAAAACGAAGAACAAUACGGCCACAUACCUUGUUCACAGGGUGGUAGGAGAUCGCCAGAAAUCGCCACCACCGUACAAUCCUUAGCCGGAAAUCGCCUAUACUGUCACAACACUAAUGCCGAAAAUCGCCUCUCUCACGCUCUGAUUGCUCUUCAAAAUCUCAAGUACUUCUCCCAUCGUCCCUCCAUAUAUUAUAAGAUGAACCUAACAUUGGGAUGCGAAAUGACGCGACCCUUCGAAACCUUCCCAACACGUGUCACACAUGCACAAAGGAGCCCAAGAGUCACCGUUUCAGAUCUCAAACCCUUCGAUUCUCAGACUUUUCAGAGGGCCAAGUCCACUAACGAAUGA